UCUCUCUAUCAAUUCAUCCAAACAGAGAUUUAGGGUUCGAUCACGUUCCAUUCAUCAAUGUCGCGUUUGGCGAAAUUGUUUGGGAGGUCGAAAUUGAUUGUUCGUUGAAUGACCCUCUGCUCCGUGUUCCUUGUUUGGCUGCUAAAACACAAACCUUUCGGUAAACUAAUGGGGGAUGAUUCUUUUCCUAGUUUGGACAAAUUGAGGGCUAACUGGACUCCAUCUCAAGAUCGAUAUUUUCUUCAGCUUUUGCUGUCCCAUGUUCACAAAGGGAAUAAAACUGGGAAAGUGUUUAGCAGACAAGCCUGGGUAAAUAUGAUUGAACAAUUUAACACCAAGUUUGGUUUCAAGUAUGAUGUAGAAGUGUUGAAGAACCGUCACAAAAGAUUCAGGAAGCAAUACAAUGAUAUGAAAAUGAUAGUUGGUCAAAAGGGAUUCCGGUGGGAUGGGACACAAAACAUGAUAGUAGCUGAUGAUAAAGCAUGGGAUGAAUGUAUUAAGGCCCAUCCUGAUGCUCAACCUUUCAAAAAAAGAGUCGGUCUGUAUUAUGAUGAUCUGUGCAUAAUUUAUGGCCAUGCAGUUGCUGAUGGGAGAUACAGCCUUUCAUGUUUUGAUGUAGAUUUUGAGUACGAAGGUGGAAACAAAUACCUUGAUGAAAAAGAUUUGGAUGACAAGACUAUCACUAGUAAAGGAGUGGACGAUCAAACUACCCCAGCUGUUGUUAAUCAAGGUAGAAUUGACUGGUCUCCAAUGAUGGACCAAUUUUUUGUUGAACUUAUGGUGGAUCAGGUGUGUAAAGGGAACAAGAUUGGCACUACAUUCAGGAGGAAAGCAUGGGUAGACAUGACAGAAUCAUUUAAUAAACGAUUUUUAUGUCAUUAUGGUAGAGUUGUGUUGAGAAACCGUUUUAAUGUCCUGAGAAGGCAUUACCGUUCUAUAAAUAUCCUCCUUGGCAAAGAAGGGUUUAGUUGGGAUAAGACACAACACAAGGUUGUUGCUGAUGAACAAGUAUGGCGAAAAUGCAUCAGGGUACAUCACAGCUUCCGGCUCUAUAAAAUUAAAAGCAUGCCUUUUUAUUUGGGCAUGUGCAUAGUAUGUCGCAAUGAAGUUACUGUGGGUUGCAAGUCAAAUCUUGAAAAGGAAUCUUCUGGGGGAAAUAACUCCGUCCCAGAUACUCAGCCACUACCUAAUGCAGAUAAAGGAGCAUCAAAUCUUGAAAAGGAAUCUUCUUCGGGCAAUAACUCUGUCCUAGAUACUCAGCCACUACCUAAUGCAGAUAAAAGAGCAUCACAUAUAGGUGGUGAAUAUAAUUUUACCAGAGAAACUCAGCCUCUGCCUAAUGCAGAUAAAGAAGUGUUGCAUAUUGGUGGAGAGAAGAACUCUGCCAGAGAAACUCAGUCCCUUGCUAAUGCAGAUAAUAAAGCAUUACAACAUGUUGAAAAAAAUGUUUCUGGUCACCUAAAAAGGCAUCAACCUAAAAUGCUCCCGACCUUUAAUGAGUCUAAGAAGGCAAGACAGCAUAUAGCUGUUGCGGUUGCAUCACUAACCAAGAAAGCAAAAAAAGAAGAUAAUUUUUCUGUAGAUAAUGUUAUCAGGGUGCUUCAGGCUAUACCAGACCUGGAUGAUGAUUUAAUAUUAGAUGCCUGUGAUUUUUUGGAAGAUGAGACAAGAGCGAGGAUGUUUCUGGCUCUGGCUUCUCCUUUGAGAAAGAAAUGGUUAUUGAGAAAGCUUCGUUCACAGUGAUUGGUGAACCUCAGGCUGGUUCAUUUGUAGUCAGGUUUUUCAAGUUUGUUAGACUGCAUGCACAAACCAAGCCAUAUCUUUAUGUGUUCACAUGUACAUAUUUGAAACUAGAAGAUUAUUCUUUGUUUAUCUUUGUCAACAUUGAUAUAACAAGAGAUUAAAGUGGAAAUCUAACUUUUAGUUAAAAUAAAA